UGAACUGCUCCCAAGCCGAGAACGAUGAAUCCUGUUCGCCCAAAUGGACCUCUCCAGGGUGAGGCUGUUCUGAAGCAGGAGACACCACUUCCCAUGUACCCCAUACAGCUUCAAGGCACCGCAGCUGCAGGGGGUCAGCAGCAUACCAUUGUCCUCCUAUCUGAGCCCCCCAGGGACCACAUCAUCUGGUCCCUCUGCUGCUUUUUUUACUCCAACCCAUUCUGCCUGGGACUGGCAGCUCUCAUCUUCUCCAUCAAGUCCAGAGAUCGAAAGAUAGUCGGAGAUCUGGAUGGCGCCCGUCACUAUGGCUCCACCGCUCGCUGUCUCAACAUUGCAGCCACCAUCAUAGUGUGCAUCACAGCUGUCAUUGGCAUUGUUGUUCUUGCUGUUUUUGCAAGUCAACUGUCUUUUCGAUUGCAUAAUGGAAAAUAAAUGCUUUCAUUACAACUUGAAUUUUGCUCUGAAAUUAGGGAUGUUGUUUUGUGAUUUGACCAUUCGAAAAGAUAAAAUACAGACAUUUAUUUUCACACGUUUUACGCUUGCACCCUCUUAAACUAAUACUUCAAAGGGAUGUUUUUUGUUUUUUUGUUAGUUUUUUUGCAAUGCUUCUUUGCUGCUAAAUCACCUAAGUUUCUUUUUUUACAUUUGACAAAAUUCUGUCAAAAAAGCUCAAGCAAGGACAUUUUGUUCAUUUAUAACCAGUUUGCUUUUUUUAUGACAAAACCCAACUAUGUUUUAACUCAUAAUUAAAGACUGUAAAAUAAAGUCAUGUGCUCUGAUUUAAUGUUUAUUUAAAUGUGUUUAUAUGUAUUUUAAAAAGGGCUACAAUUAAAGAAUCCCACUUAAACAGAAACAUAAAACCAGUUCAACUAAGCAGUUUGGAAAAUAAUACAGAUAUAACAUAAGAAAAUAUAACUAUCCCAUCUUAGAAGUAAUUUAAAAUGAAAACCUCACUGAUGUAAAAAAA